AUGUUAAUUCUCGAAGUUUUUAUAACGGAGAGAUGGCGGGACAACUUGAUCAUCAUCAGCAUCUUCUUAAGCCUCUUCACAACAUUGCUAUCCUUCUUGCAGAUUUGCGCCGGCGUUUGUAGCAUCUCCAUUUACGACGCGCCACUGACGGCUUUGGAGAAACGCGCCGAACAAGACCUCGCCUACAUCCUAAUUGUUUCUGGCUUAACAGGCUGUCUCAUGCAUCUGCUCGGGAUGGCAGUUUGCUGGUCCCAAAGGUUCAUUAACAAGAGGACCAUCAGUCACACGAGACUCAUGACCUUGCUCACCUUGAUUAUGAUAUUGCAAAUCAUUUUAGAGGUAGCCUCGGUUGUUUUGAAUCACAAAGCUUCUAUGUUGCCCUGGGCCGAAAAUGGCCAACGAUUCCAAUGUUGUGGCAACGAAAACUUCAAAGACUGGCUCGAAAUUCGCUGGUUUCCAAGGGAUUAUUCCAUCAGUAAAAUUAGCAAGGAAGCCCCAUUUAGUUGCUGUCGUAGAGACGCACAACCACCAUGCGAGCAUGAUAACGUUCUUUUGGACCUACACAGGGCUUAUAAAGGUAAUGAUGAGGGCUUGUUAACGAUAAACAAAAAUGGCUGUUUAGAAGUGUUCUACCAGGAUUAUUCCAACUUCAUCAUUUACGGAGUUUGCAUUCCGUGUUGUUUCAAAAUAGUGAUGCUCUUCUUGUUAGUGCCGAUAUUCAGAUAUAUCGAUACCUCCAUAUACCGAGCUAUUAAAACCGGUUUUCCGCAGAAUGCCGAGUACGGUUACUUGCUGGCUUUCUACGAACCGGCACCAAAACCGAAAAAAUUAACAAAAACUGAUCAAAGAGUACUCUCGCUGAUGAGUUUGUCCUCAGUUGAACCGACCACGAGUUACUCCAGUAAAAGUUCAGACAAAAGUCCUUCUUUUUUUCCUUUUUCUAAAAAAUCAUCAAAUAAUUUAGCAAAUUUGCCAAGUAUGUCAGGAACUAAUGCUAAAUUCGAGUCGGAAAAACCUGCGUCGCCAACUAACAUAGUUGUUAGUAAGUCUGGCUCAUCAUUCCUGACUGGGGAAAUGUCAUCUGAAAAGUUGGCGCCAAUUAAAGAUGAAGUGAAAUCUCCGGCAGAUCAGUCAACUUUACAUUCAAAACCGGAGAACAAAUCAUUCGAUAAAAUGGAGCCUGGAAGAAAAUCGCUCGACAAAGCAAAACCGGGAAAUCAAACAAUUUCGGAAGACAAGAACAAAUCAAAUGAAAGACUAAACGAGACUGUUGUUAAGGGUUCCAUAAACAAACAGUUACAAAAGAGUUCGUCAAUUUCAAUAGGGGAACUGAAAAGGGGGCCAGCAAAUCCGGAACAGAUGAAUCGAAGAUUUGAUCCAGCCGUUAAAACUUAA